CAUUUAUGGCCGCUAGCUAGUCGAAUGAGUCGAAUCGAGUCCGCCACACGUUCGAACAGCAACAGCACCAACAACAGAAGCGUCCACAAUGGCACACAAGUAGUCCAUCUGGUUUAUCUCUAUAACAAUAAGCCGGCGUAUUAUUUGUACUUCCUCGACAAGGAGAACGACAAGGACCAAAGCAAGCAAGGAGGCAAGGGAGAGAGUGUUGUAGUCUGGAAGAAGAGCCAUGGCGGAGAACAACCCGCCGCCGAUGGAUGUUGCGGCUGUUCCACCAGCUGCGGACGCGAAGGCCGCGGCGAAUCCGAAGCGGCGGAAGCUGCCCAACUCCACCGGCAAUGGCGCCAAUGACGGCGGCAAGUCGGAUUCAGAGGAAAGCUAUCAGCAAGUGAAGCGUCCAAGGACCCAAGCCCGUCAUCCUCGAGGAGUGCCGUGGUUCACCAUGUUGGAGCGUUUGAAGCAGUAUCGAGUCAAGCAUGGGACCUUGAAUGUCCCUCGGAUCCUCCCUGACGAUCAGAAAUUGGCAUCGUGGGUUCAUUACCAGCGUUACCUCUUUCACCACAAGACAAUCGCCGAGGAGCGAAAGGCAGCCUUGGAUGCGCUUGGUUUCGAAUGGACGAUUGCCGAUUCCAAAGUUGGGAACAGAGUGUCCUGGGAUCAGCACUUGGCACAAUUGAAGGAAUACAAGGAACGGCACGGCGACUGCCUAGUCCCAUACACCUACAAGGACAACAAGUCCUUGGCCUAUUGGGUCUCGCGACAGAGAAAGGACAACAACAAGGGACAGCUGCCGGAGGACAAAGUGGCGAAACUCAACGAGAUUGGGUUUGCUUGGAAUCCUACGUUGGGACGGCGCUGGAGCAAGAACAAGGAUCAGAGGUCCAGAUCCACCAACUGGGAAGGCCAAUUCGAGAAACUCCGUGCAAUUCACGAAAUGGGUGCCAAUGGUGCAAACGGCGCAGAUACACGUACCCUAAUUGAGCAGGACAAAUCAUUGGAGGCCUGGAUGAAGAACCAACGCUACCUCUAUUCGGUCAAACGAAUGUCUGCCGACCGUGUUGCCAAAUUGGAUUCCAUUGGUUUUGUUUGGCGCAUUGGUAUUAGCUGGAAUGACUACCUAGUCCGUUUGAAGAACCACAAGGAUACAACCGGAACCUUUGACAAUAUCGCGGACCCCAAGCUUUUGGAGUGGGUUGAGUGUCAGCGUAUCAGCAAGUACUGGAAGGAACUCUCCAAAGAACGUGUGGAUCAGCUGAACGCAAUUGGGUUCGUCUGGGAGAGUGACAAAGUUUCCGCCUCCCAAGAAGAGUGGAAGCGGAUGGCAGCUUCCCAGGAUGCUCAACUAGGCGCCUCCGGACCAGCUCAAAGAGCUCCACCCAAGCCAAUGCUGUAUGCCAAUGCACCUGCUGGUUUGGAUGAGAAAAUGCCAGCUCUGGUUGGUCAAACUGACAAAAUGCCCGCCCUAGGCGGCCAACCCGUUGUGGAUCCCUCGCAGGAAGAGAUGACCAAGUUUUUGGAUUCCGUCAACUUGGCUGGCAACACUGCUCCACCACCAGUGGCAGCAGCUCCACCACAGCGAGCACCGGCGGCGGAAGUAGGAGAAACCAAUCUACAGGAAUACAACAUUGCCAUUCAUUUGGCAGGGUUGGCAGAGACAACCGAUGCACCACAAACAAAGGAGGAGGGAGUGCUACAGCCGGUUGCACAAAACCAACCCUUGAAGCCGGCAGCCGUACAAGCAGUUCGCAAUACACAGAAAGUUGAGGAGAAACCAGCUUACAUUGUUGUGGAUGGAAAAGGCGAGGCAAUCCCUCCAGCCAAACAAGAGGCAACUGGUGCGGUGGAUCCAAACAGUCUCAUUGCGGCGGCGUCGGAACAAGGAGUGACGCAAGACGUUGCCAACGUGGCCAAGACUGAGGAACCUAGCCCAGCUGAUGGAGGUGAGAAUGAGGCAGAAGAUAUGUUUGAAAAUCUCUCAACAGCAGAAAAGAACGUCGUUUUAGCCGAAGAGAUUGUGGUCUUGCGCGAAGAAACAGUGAAACUUCGAGAAGAUAAAGUGAAGGUGCAGGCAGAAAAGUUGGAUCUGCAUCAUCAGAUUGAAGAAAUCAAAACGAAGAAUGAAACUCUCCGGAAAGAGGCCGAGGACGAGAAGAACACAGAGGAAGACAAUCCUCUGGUUGCGCACAAAAAAGAGUUGGAAGCAAAAGUGAAGGAGAAUGAGAGCAAAUUGAGUUCGUUUGCUGCACAAAUCAGUGAACAGGAGGGAACUCUUCGUUCGCUGGAGCAAGGCGGGCCCGGGGCUGCGAAUGAGGCAUUUGUUUGAGCUGACAUUUCGUUUCAAGGGCGACGAGGCUGCCCAUCAAUCCAUUGUCCCCAACCAAAAAAGUACAAGACUUCUAGUGUAGUGAAACAAAAACCCAUAAGAACAAUGACUUGAUGUUGU